ACCCCUCCCAACAUAUAUAAACUGCUGCGCCAACCAUGGGCCGUCAAUUUCCUCUUUCCCAGCUAUGUCGGGCGUCGCCAACACCGUCAAAUCCGCUGUCUCCAGCGUCAUGAGCGACGCCAAAGUUAACGAUAUGCGGCGCAACAUCAUCGACCCGGGUGACAAUGAUAGGAAGGGUCAGAACCUGGACUACGGUCCAUACAUCUCCGACACCGAUAACUGGCUCAAGGUUACCAACGGAACACAUGCCGGCCCUUCGCUGCUCGAGGACCAGGUCGCCCGCGAGAAGAUUAUGCGGUUCGACCACGAGCGGAUCCCGGAACGUGUCGUACACGCUCGCGGGGCCGGGGCCCACGGGGUAUUCCGUGUCUACGACGAUCGCGCAUCCAAGUAUACCUAUGCCCCUGUUUUGACGGACCCGUCGAGGGAGACCCCAACCUUUGUCCGUUUCAGUACUGUGCAGGGCUCGCGCGGCAGCGCUGAUACUGUUCGAGACGUCCGUGGAUUUGCCACCAAGUUCUACACGCAGGAGGGCAACUGGGACAUUGUCGGCAAUAACAUCCCGGUAUUCUUCAUCCAGGAUGCCAUCAAGUUCCCCGACUUCGUCCAUGCGGUCAAGCCUGAGCCUCACAACGAGGUCCCCCAGGGCCAGAGUGCUCAUAACAACUUCUGGGAUUUCGUCGGAUUGCAGCCUGAAUCUGCCCACAUGGUGAUGUGGGUGAUGUCUGACCGAGCCAUCCCGCGGUCGUACCGCACCAUGCAAGGCUUUGGUGUAAACACCUACACCCUGCUGAACGCCAAGGGCGAACGUUUCUUCGUCAAGUUCCACUGGACUCCCGAAUUGGGUGUUCACAGUCUAGUGUGGGAUGAGGCCUUGAAGAUCGCCGGGCAAGAUCCUGACUUCCACCGCAAGGAUCUCGAGGAGGCCAUCGCCCACGGGGCCUAUCCGAAGUGGAAGUUUGGCAUCCAAGUCAUUCCCGAGGCCAAUGAGCACGACUUUGAGUUCGAUAUCCUCGACGCAACUAAGCUCUGGCCCGAGGAGCUAAUCCCGAUCGAAUACAUUGGAGAAAUGACCCUCAACCGCAUGGUCGAUGAGUAUUUCCCCGAAGUCGAGCAGGUUGCGUUCUGUACUUCACACGUUGUCCCCGGUAUUGGGUUUUCGGACGACCCGCUGCUGCAAGGCCGUAACUUCUCCUAUUUCGAUACUCAGAUUAGCCGCCUUGGCGUUAACUGGCAAGAGCUCCCCAUCAACCGUCCUGUCUGUCCUGUCCUCAACAACCACCGUGAUGGACAAAUGAGACACAAGAUUACUAAGGGACAGAUCAACUAUUGGCCGAACCGCAAAGGAACGCUCCCUCCUGUCCCCACGAAGGAGGGCGGCUAUGCAGAGUUCACUCAGAAGGUGGAGGGUAUCAAGCACCGCGUCCGUGGCUCCAAGUUCCAGGAGCACUACAAUCAGGCGCAGCUGUUUUACAACUCGCUGGCUCCGCACGAGAAGGCUCAUCUGAUUGGAGCUAUUUCCUUUGAGCUGUCGCACUGCGAUGACCCAGUGGUCUACGAAUCGUACACGAAGAUCCUGAACAAUAUUGAUUUCGACCUUGCUAAGCAAGUCGCUAUCAAUGUCGGCGGUGUCAUCCCUGAAGCCCCUGCCCGGUCCAACCACGGCAAGAAGAGUGAUAGGCUGUCGCAGACUCACUAUGUGCCCGCGGAGCCGACCAUCAAGUCCCGCCGCAUCGCCAUCCUCGUUGCUGAUGGCUUCAGCGGCUCCGAGGUCCUUGCGAUUCGCGCUGCUCUCAAGGCUGGCUUGGCCACGACCUGGCUCAUCGGGCCUCGCCGCGGCAAGGUAUACCCUGCCGGCCAGGUCGUCGGUGAAGGCGAAGGUAUGGUAGCCGACCAUCACUACGAGGGUCAGCGCUCUACCAUGUUCGACGCCUUGAUCAUUCCUUCGGGUGCUGAGCACGUCCAGAGGCUCGCCAAGAACGGCCGUGCCGUGCAUUGGGUGCGGGAGGCCUUCGGCCACUGCAAGGUUAUUGGAGCAGUUGGCGAGGCCGUCGCUUUCCUGAGGGAGUCGGUCAGCCUACCGGGUGUCGAGUUCCAGAGUGCCCCUGGUAGCGACUCUGUUGUCUCGUCGUACGGAGUUGUGACUACCGGUACCUACGGUGUGACGAAUGCUGCUGCUGAGCCGUUCAAGAUUGCGAAGGGAGACAAGGGAUUCCUUGCCAAUUUCGCGUACGAGCUCAGCAAGCACCGUUGCUACGAGCGGGAGUUGGAUGGCUUGGUUGAGAGAGUGGCUUUCUAAACCAAUGUGGCGAUGCCUGACGCAAGAAUUUACACGGACUGCUUAAUUUUAGUCAAUGUUGUACGACUUAUACGAUGUAGUAGCGCCUACGAAUGUGAAUGUAAUCUUAGUCACGAAAUAAAAUUGAGCGUUGCACUC